GAAAUUCUAAUGUUUCUCUCUUUUCCUGUCUUUUCCUCCAAUUGUUUCCCCCUCCAGCAAAUUGAAGAAUUUUCUGAUGUUAACGAAGGAGAGAAAGAAGUGAUGAAAUUAUGGAAUCUUCAUGUUAUGAAGCACGGGUUUAUUGCUGACAAUCAAAUGAAUCAUGCCUGUAUGCUGUUUGUUGAAAAUUAUGGACAGAAAAUAAUUAAGAAGAACUUAUGUCGAAACUUUAUGCUACAUCUGGUCAGCAUGCAUGACUUUAACCUCAUCAGCAUAAUGUCGAUAGACAAAGCUGUGGCCAGGCUUCGGGAGAUGCAGCAGAAGUUAGAAAAGGGAGAAUCUGCUUCCCCAGUAGAUGAGGAAUCUUCUGAAGAACAAAGUGGGACGACAAAUGGAUUCAGUGAAAAUAAUAUGAGAGAGAGAAUUUCGGAAAUGGAUAGCAUCUCAGGUGUCACAAAACAGAGCAAGAAGCAGAAACUCUGAAGUCAAAACUGAAACGCCAUUCAACGGACAAACAUUGAAGUGACAUUCUAGGGUACAUGAGCUCUAUAAAGAAUUACACACAAUGCAGAGAUUCCAAACAGGCACUGCUGGAUGGAAAUAAAUGAUUUCAGCAAGGAUAUUGUUUUAACAGGGUUUCUAUUCAGUUAAUUAUGCAAGUACUACAUGUAUAUCGGUUUUGGUGAUGUAAUGACAAUAUUCUAAGAGUUUGAGCAUGAAGAGCAAUAUGAAAGUCUUUUUGUAAUUUUAGUAAUUAGUGUCUUAAGAACUUUAUGGAAUUUUCAUAAUUUAAGUAUA